AUGUUUCAGGGUGUUCUUCUUUUUGAAUUAAAUCAGUACGUCCAAACUCGUAGCCAGAUGCGGGACUACCGCAGAUUAGAGGAAAGAGAAAAUUUGACAACGCUAAGCCAAUCCAACCUAUCCAACCUAUCCAAUUUAUCCAACCUAUCCAAUUUAUCCAACCUAUCCAACCUAUCCAACCUAUCAAACCUAUCCAACCUAUCCAACCUAUCCGUCCUAUCUAAUCAACCUCUGGCUUUGCCCUGGAUAGGUUGGAGCCUAUCCAGCCAACCCCGCCUAUCCAGCCUAUCCAGCCCAUCCAACUUGAGUCAUUACGCUGCGCUUAUCCAGCCUAUCCAGCCUAUCCAAUCUGAAGCUUUACGCUGGAUAGGUUGUUGCCCAUCUAGCGUAUCAAACCUGUCCAGCCUAUCCAACCUAUCCAGCCUAUCCAACCUAUCCAGCCUAUCCAGCCUAUCCAACCUAUCCAGCCUAUCCAGCCUAUCCAACCUAUCCAACCUAUCCAACCUAUCCAACCUAUCCAGCCUAUCCAGCCUAUCCAACCUAUCUAACCAACCCCAGGCUUUGUACAGAAUAGAUUUGUGCCUAUCCAGCCUAUCCAGUCUAUCCAACCUAUCCAGCCUAUCCAGUCUAUCCAACCUAUCCAACCUGUCCAGCCUAUCCAAGAACCUCAGGCUUUUCGCUGGAUAG